AUGUCUUUAUCCCGAACUCAUACACUUAGACUGGCAGUUGUUUUGGAGGACUGUUCAGACAAGUUGGACAUACUGGGACAUACAUUGCAGAUCAAAAGUGUGAGAGGCUCUGCAGCGCCAAAGGAAAUAACCAGGCUGACUAAGCUAAAAAGAGACUGUCAGUUGAUCUCACAGCACAUUUCCGAGCUGUGUUCAGAGCUGGAGGAGAUGCAGACAUUCACUUCUCUGCAGCAGGUAUUGGAGCAAGAAAAGCAGAAGAAGGAGGCUGGGAGCGUGAGAAGGGGAGAGAGAAAAAUGCUGAACCAGAGAAAAGAGGAUUUUUUGAGCAAGCAAGAGGAGCUCCAACAGAAAACAGAGAAACUAAAGGAGGUGCACCAACUCGCCAAAGACCUGAAGCUUCAGCUCAUUGAAAAGUCCUCAAAAAUUGCCAACCAGAAGACAACUUUGGUGAAAACCUUUGAGAUGCAGCUCCAGCAGACACAAAAGGAGACCAGCCAUACUGAGAAGCUGCUAGAGGAUAAGGUGAAGCUGCUCCAGAAACAGCAUCAGGAGGAGAUAAGAGUUCAUGUGGAGUCUGAGAUAUUCCUGCAAAAUCAAAAUAAGGAGUUUCAGCAAAAGCUGCAGCAGUGGCAGGAGUACAGAAGUCAGAUGCAGAAGGAAAAGGAGCAGCAGCUCUACAAAGUGCAGUGCAAAAGAAGAAUACAUCUGGACAGAUUAAUGGAGAAAAAGAGAUUGUUCGGGGAGAUGGAGCAGGUGGUGGUUGAGGACAGGGAUAAACUGGAGAAACUCCAGCUACAGCAGGCAGAGACCAGGGCUGCUAUAAAGCUUCAAGCCUGGUGGAGAGGCUGCAAAGUCCGCCAUGGCCUAAGUUUUAGAAAACCAGAGCAAAACAAGAAAGGCAAGAAGAAGGAAGAGAAGAGGAAGAAGAAAAAAUGAUUUCA